UGAGCCAAUCUAGGCUCCCCGGGGGCAGCGCAUGUGUAUGGGCGCCCAGAAGCCAUGCAGAUGCCCAGGCAGUGGACACCUGCCUCUGCUUCAGCUCCAGGGCCGCGGAACCCCCUGCACCAAGUGUAGCAGCCCCUUUCAUUCCGCCCCAACCCAUCCCCGCCACGGCCCUCCAGCCUCCCCCCACUGCAGUCCGUGCUUGACCUGGGAACCCCUCACUGAGCCGUAAUGGUGGGGCUGAAACCUUCUGACGUGCAGCCCACCCCGGGCGUCAAGUUCCUAGGGGCUGGAGCCGCCGCCUGCAUCGCGGAUCUGGUCACCUUUCCGCUAGACACUGCCAAAGUCCGGCUGCAGAUUCAAGGUGAAGCCCAGUCCAGCCAAGCUGUCAGGUAUAAAGGAGUCCUGGGGACCAUUGUUACACUGGUGAAAACAGAAGGACCAAAAAGUCUGUACAGCGGGCUGCAUGCUGGGCUGCAGAGGCAGAUGAGCUUUGCCUCAAUUAGGAUCGGCCUCUACGACACCGCCAAACAAUUCUACAACAAUGGAAAAGAAACAGCUGGAAUAGGAAGCAGGAUCCUGGCAGGGUGCACCACUGGAGGGUUGGCAGUUAUAGUGGCCCAGCCUACAGAUGUGGUAAAAGUCAGACUUCAAGCACAGAGCAACCUCUCUGGUGCCAAACCCCGAUAUGCUGGGACUUUCCAUGCUUACAAAACAAUAGCAUCAGAAGAAGGAGCAAGAGGGCUCUGGAAAGGGACGGCACCCAAUGUGACAAGAAAUGCUAUUGUCAAUACAGCGGAGCUAGUAACCUAUGAUUUAAUAAAGGAGAACCUUUUGAAAUACAACCUACUAACAGAUAAUCUACCUUGCCACUUUGUGUCAGCCUUUGGUGCUGGAUUUUGCACAACAGUGGUAGCAUCUCCGGUCGAUGUGGUAAAGACCAGAUACAUGAACUCACCACCAGGACAAUACACCAGCGCUCCCAAAUGUGCGUGGACAAUGCUCAUGAAGGAAGGAGUGACCGCUUUUUACAAAGGGUUUGUGCCGUCCUUCUUAAGGCUGGGAUCCUGGAAUGUUGUUAUGUUUGUUUCCUAUGAACAGCUGAAAAGGGCAAUGAUGAAGUCUAGGCCGACUAUCGAUUGUGCCACAGAAUCAUCUUUAUAAGAUACUGCAGAAAGAUACUGGUGGGAAUCUUUAAUUACUAUAUGAACCAAAAACACUUUUCACUUCUUGCCAUAAAAAUAUGAAAGUACCUUUAUUUGAAAGGUAGCUAGAUGGCUCAGUGCAUAGAAUGCUGGGCUAAGAAUCAGGGAACACCUGGGUUCAAAUCCAGCCUCAGAUACUUACUAGCUGUGUAACCAUGGCCAAGUUAUUUAACUUCUGUUUACUUUAAUUCACUGAAGAAGGAAAUGGCAAACCACCCUAGAAUAGUUGCCAAGAAAAUCCCAAAUAGGGUCACGAAGAGUUGGACACAACUGAACAAAUAAACAACAUUUAUUUGGUACCUUAGUGGGCUUUGUUCACUAAAAUACAAUACAGAGUGAGAAGUGUCCCUUACAUCUUAUUUCAGAAGGUAACCCUUUUUCAGGGGGUAAGUGCAGCUAGGUGGUGCAGUGGAUAGAGUGCUGGGCCUGGAGCAAGGAAGACUUCAAUCUAUAUUCAGAUGACAUCAGUUCUUUCUCUGGAGACAGCAUUUUCCAUCAAGAGUCCUUUGGAAUUGUCUUGGGUGAUUGAAUUGCUGAAAUUAGCUAGCUAACUCAUUCACAAUUCUUUCCUAUACAAUGUUGCUGUUACUAUGUACAAUGUUCUCCUGGUUCUGCUAACUUCACUGUAUCAGUUCAUGUAAAUCUUUCCAGGUUUUUCAGAAAUCAUCCAACUAGUGAUUUCUUAUAGCACAGUAACAUUCCAUUACAAUCAUAAAGCACAAUUUGUACAUCCAGUCCCCAAUAGAAGGGCAUUCCUUCAAUUUCCAAUUCUUAGCCACCACAAAAAGAGCUGCUAUAUUUUCAUACAAAUAGGUUCUUUGGGGGGCAGCUAGGUGGUGCAGUGGAUAAAGCACCAGCCCUGG